AUGAAUAUGUUGGAUGAUGAAGAUGACCAAAGCUUUCACGCUACGCGUGACGGCUACUCCCAUUUGAGCGAUGUUGAAUGGGAUGCGGUUAAACGGAUGGGUUCAACCAUGGGCAUCCAUGCUGUUAGCGUCAUGCUAGAGGCUCUCAAUAGAGAUGCCCAACAUGCUACUAUCGCCAAGUUCAUUCAAAAUGAACUUGACGAUGAACGCAAGAAAUUUGAACUGUUGAGACAGCAGCAGGCUGCUGCUGGCGGGUCGAUGCACUCGCGUCGACCCGAGACUUUGAAGAUUGACAUCUCAAAGGCGCGUCGCAUCGACGACGGGGAUAUGCAAGUUGCAUUUGCCCAGUCAAAUCUGGCAGGACGUGCCAAGACUUGGGCACUGGGGCUCAAGUUGCACGACCCAUAUGCGUUUGGGUCGUUGGAAGUCUUCAAGUCGCGGCUCAGACAAACGUUUGAACCACCUAGAGCUGAGUUCAGGGCUCGAACCGAACUCUUGAAGCUCAAACAGGGUAAGCGUGAUGUGCACGCUUACGCCCAACAUAUACGACAUCUUACGAGUUGUAUAAGUUCCAAUCCGGUGGAUGAACACACGUUGGUUUCGGUGUUCAUGCAGGGUCUUGCGGAUGGUCCCUUCAAGACUCACCUAUUCCGACUUGAACUGGAUUCACUAGAACAAGCCAUUUCCAUUGCGGAACAGGAAGACUUCAGUCUGAGACAGGCUCGCGCCAGCUCGACAUCAUAUCGUCCACCGAGACGAUAUGACAACGGAGGUCCAGAGCCGAUGAAACUCUGUUAUGUAGAGAGCGAGAAGGCUCGCUCUACAGGCUACAAGAAGUUGCAGAGAUGCAACAGAUGUCAAAAGACAGGACACUACGCGUACGAGUGUAGUGCCCCUCGUCCAGUGUCUCGCAACACUGGGCGUAGUGACCGUCCACCCAUGAGAAAGGGGCAGGGACGAGGGUCCGCUGUUGGUGCAAAGACGCAACAACGGGAUGGACCGUCAACAAACGGACAGGAUCAGUAG